ACUGCCAUUAGCAAUCAAAUUCUUUUGUUCCAGAACAAUGCAAAAACUCAUUUCACGUCCACUGUCCAACCUCCCAAGACCUUCCCUUUCUUUCUUCUUGUCCCAAUUUGUUUCCAAAACCACUUACGAUCCUUCAUUUUCCCCUAUUUCCAAACCCCUUGAACCUCCAAAACUCAAACCAAAGCCACCCGACCCAAAGCCGAACCGGAACCCUGCUUCUCCUAUCAAAUCAAGCCUCCCAUUUGACUUCAGGCACUCGUACUCUGAAUCCGACCCGAGUCUGGAACCCAUCGGGUUCCGAGAGCCUAAGAGGUUUUCUCCAUUUGGACCUGGCAGGCUCGAUAGGGAAUGGACCGGGACUUCAGCGCCGGUCCGAGAUGAAGUUGAUAGUUCUCGGGUUGAAGAGGAGAGGGUUCGGGUUCUUGGGGACCCGCUUACGGAGGAGGAAGUUGGGGAACUGGUUGAAAAGUAUCGGCAUAGCGAUUGUGCUCGGCAAAUCAAUCUGGGGAAGAAUGGGGUCACACACAACAUGUUGGAUGACAUUCACAAUCAUUGGAAGAGAGCUGAAGCUGUAAGGAUAAAGUGCUUGGGAGUGCCAACUCUUGAUAUGGACAAUGUUUGCUUCCAACUUGAGGAAAAAUCUGGGGGGAAGAUCAUCUACCGCCACAUAAAUAUCCUCAUUUUGUAUAGGGGUCGAAACUAUGAUCACAAGAAUCGACCGGUUAUACCUCUUAUGCUAUGGAAGCCUUAUGCUCCUAUAUAUCCAAAGCUUGUGAAGAACGUUGCCGAUGGCCUAACCUUUGAAGAAACCAAGGAAAUGAGAAAUAGAGGACUCCACUCUCCUGCUCUUAUGAAACUCACAAGGAAUGGAGUGUAUGUAAAUGUAGUGGCCCGGGUUCGGGAGGCCUUUGAGACUGAAGAGGUGAUUAGACUUGACUGCACUCAUGUCGGUACGAGUGACUGCAAAAGGAUCGGUGUAAAGCUAAGGGACUUGGUUCCUUGUAUGCCUAUUUUGUUCAAGGAUGAACAGAUUAUACUCUGGAGGGGAAAGACUGAUCGGGAAAUAAACUCCAACAUUUCAGAUGCCAACGAGAAAUCUUCGAGUAUUUAGUUAAGUUUUUAAACCGGAAAUCUGAUGCGGUAAUGAAUUGGACUAGAUUGCUUGUUGAUUCCAUUGCCCAGAGAAGCCUUGGUUGUCGAUGAAAAUCAACAUACCAGCUCAUUUAAGCGAAUUGUCUUCAUCUGUAUGCACUGGUGCAUACUGCAUUUCAGUCGUUUGGUUGUCUGUUUACAAGUUUGCCAUUGCCCUGAAAUUUAAAACCAGUCUUCAUAAUGU